AUGUUAUCAGAUGUUGUUUCACGUAAACUUAGACACCCUGAAUAUUGGCAAAGACCCCAAUCUCAAUGGAGUGUGAACACCUGGAAUAAAUAUUUCUGCGGAGAGAAGCGAGGUUCAUAUAGUGCGUUAAUUCUAGAGCUUGAUACCUUGAUAGAGUGCCUUGAACCAAAAACGCAAGAGUAUCAAAAGGCAUCGGCAUUGAAGUGUCAGUUAAAGAAAUCCGGAAGAAAGAAGCAUGUAAAUAAGGAGAACCAGAAAGAAGAAACUCUUACUCAAGGAAGGGUACCCAGAAAACGAAGCAUAGUAGAUUAUGCUGAAUCGGACGCUGAAACGAAUUCGGAUUCAGAUUACGUUGAAGAAAAAUCAAAAAAGAGGUAUAAAUGUAAAUCAAGAACUAAGCGAGGCAACACUUCAGAAGAAAAGUCAAAACCUUCUCGUCAUGGUAGUGGUCUCCGGGUACUACAAAAUCCAAUGAUAUCUAAUAAUCAUUCCAAAGUAGAACCUAAUAAUCCACAUCCUAGAAAUUCUAGUCCUAGUAGAAGUCAUGUUAAUGUAACAACAAUUUCAGUAGCCCAACAAACCAUGACAUCAUUAGACACGGCAGAUAUUGAUCGGUGUUCAGCAGUUCAAUCCGCAAAACAAGCUUUGAUUCUAACUCCGAACAAACCUAUUGUGACGAAGAUGAUGUGCAAUGAAUAUUCUCCAUACCUUAUUUGUGCAUUCAAUGCAACGAUAAAUUACAUUGAAAAGACUACCGAUAAGAAAACUUUUAUGGAAAUAAAAAAGAUGUUGCAAACGAACGACCAAUUAAUCUUACAAGAAUCUUUAGUCAGAAAGCUAGAAGCAAUAUUUGAGACUGAUUACAGCGAGAUCGAAUCAAAAAUCAUUGAGAUGACAACGGUCAAAGGUGACAGUGAGGAGGCGAGGUUUAAUUUUUUUAUUCGAUACACUCUCUUAGAUUUUUCUGCAAAUUUCAUGUUUAAAAUUCCGAGAAUUCUGGAUCGUGACAUUUCUGAGCGAACUUUCAUUGUUGAAUCUUUAUCUCCAAUUUUUCGUGCAUUUCGAAACGCAUUUCCCGAUAUUAAAUACGAGUGGAUCGAGAAAGAUGUAGCUUCGAUAAAAGUGGCGAAUAGUAUGUUUGCAGAUAAUAUUAGUCCACGAAAGACGGACUUACUUGUUCUACGUUUAUCAGACGGUAUGGAAGUGAUGAAUACUGAAGUUUCGGGACCGCCGUUUAAGAAUACUCAAGCACACACUGUUGGUGAUGUAAAGAAAUUGCUGAUGAUGUCCGUCUGUAACCUCUGCCAAUUAUUUGGUAGCAAUCUGAAUUGUAGCAUCAAAGAUGCUAAAGGAGUGAAGACCUACAAUAUUCAAAUCAUUGGUGACCGUCUUACACUAUUUUCUGUUUCUCUCGCAGACAAGAAGAAAUAUUUAGCACUUGAAUUGGCUACUUGCACAAUCCCCUUUUCAUUUGAUUCUAUUUCAAAUUACGCAAAGAUUUUCAAUUCUUUGCACCCAGCUGAUAAUAUUGACAAUGUUGAAAGGGUACAAGAUUGGCUGUAUUUACCUGAUGAUUUCUUCUUUUACGACUUAAAGGCUAUACCAGAGGAUAUAGAUGAAGUUCUUAUAAGUCGACGAAAAUGUACCAGCUCUUAUGAGCAAAAAUCUGAUGGUGUCUUUACCGUAAAAUUAAGAAAAUCAUUAAUGGAAUCAAUUGUACCGAUUUGUUAUGAAGAAAAUCGUAAACAUAUUUUCGAUUUCGUUGUCCUCCUUUGGGAUCUCAAGUGUGGAUUAUUGGAAACUUCCAACACAAUAUUUCAGCUGAGAAAUGAACAUAAUGAUAAUUUGUUUGAAUCAUCAAAACUUUCCGGAAGUCUUCCAGCGUAUCCAUUUACACCAAAUAAAGAUAGACACAAAAUCGGUAUUAAAGAUGCAAAUGAAGAUAGUGAUCUUGAUAAUUCUCCAAUUCGAUCUGGCAGAAAUGAUAAAAAAUAUUUUAAAUCAAAUCCAGAGAAUCAAGAGGUCCCAGAGGAACCAGAUAGCGCAGAUGAUGGCCUGCUGAGAGAAUUAUCUACGUCUGUCAAGGGUGAACAAGCCGAAGUCGAUGACAAUGAUGUUGUAAGUACUUCUGUCUUCCAGAGCUUAGCCAGACGUCAAAAAGCAAUUCGCGCUGGAUUGCGUGUUGCAAAGGCCAAUCAGGAAGAAAUUUUGUGCUAG